CCACACCCCCCCUCUCUAACUGUUCUCAUUCAUUCACUCUACCUACUCACACACACUUCUUCUCUCACACACAGUACACAAUCUACUGUAUGUGAGUGUUGCAACUACUUAUUUUACGGAAUACAAUACAAUACAAUCUCGGAUUCUUACUUCUCCCCUGUGGGCACUUCUAAACUUUUUCUCAGGGAUUUUUUUCUCUCACAACCUGGCAACCCGUAGAGAGCAGCAAGCAGCAGUUGCCAGAACAAGUUGCCAGAACAAGAGGAUGUGUCCUAUCCCUGGAGAGAAAAGAUAGAGGAGUCUGAGCUGAAUCUUAACGAGGACGUGGAUCUGUCGGAGGAGAUCUGAGGAGAGGACCAGGAACAGGAGAGAAGAGGAGGAGAAGGAGGGAUACAAGAGGAGGAGGAGGACAGAACAUGGGCCAUUCCUGUUUGUGGAUUUUUCUGCUGUCCCUGUCUCUCUCCCACCAGGCAGUCACUGAACAGGCAGAAGCAUGUCGGACGGCGCAGCCUGCAGACCUAGUGUUCUUGGUGGAUGAGUCGUGGGGCGUGGGCCAGACCAGCUUCUCCAGGGUUAAAGACUUCAUCUCGGCCAUCAUGAAUUCCUUUCAGGACAGCGUGGUGGGGUCCGAGGGCAUCCGCUUUGGAGUCACCGUCUACGGAGAUAUACCCAGGAUGCGUAUCGCCCUGACAGACUACAGUAGUCUCGAGGAGGUCCUGAGGGCAGUAAAGGACCUCCCGUUUGAAGGCGGGGCCAGUCGAACGGGCGACGCCCUCCAGUUCCUGGUGGAUUAUGUCUUCAGUGCGGCUAUCACCAGGGACAAUACCCCCAAGAUUGCUGUCCUGAUCACAAACGGCCGUUCGGAUGACCAGGUGGAUGGGCCGGCCAAGGCUGUCACAGACAAUGGAAUCUCUAUCUAUGCAGUGGGGGUGAGAGGAGCUGACGAAUCAGAGCUGCGCAGGAUUGUGACUGAGCCCCACGAGGAACACCUGUUGCUAGCCGCUGACUUCUCUCUCCUGGAUGCUCUCCUGCCCAAACUGUCCCGAAGAAUCUGUUUCACCGCCUCUGAACCCCCGCGGCCCGUCAAACACACCCCGGCCGUGGAGGAGCGUGUGGUGGGUCCCCGGGACCUCCAAGUGAGUGAGCUAGCCUACAGUAGUCUGAGGCUGACCUGGAGCCAGGCCACGGGGGAUGUCACCGGCUACCGCCUCCUGGUCACCCCCCUCAGUCCCAAGGGACAGCUGCUGCCCAGCCUGCAGACACAGACUGAUCUGAAAGGUGAUGAGAGGACAUCUCUAGUGACAGAGCUGACUCCUAAGACAGAGUACUCUCUGACUGUCUACGCCAUCUACCCUGGCCUCAUUGGAGACUCUGCCACCAUCAUUACACAGACACCCCCUGUGCCUCCUGUCUCAAACUUCCGUGUGAUGGAGGAGGGCCUCUUCUCUCUGAGGUUGGCAUGGACACCACCUCUAGGGAAGCUCGAGGGAUACAAGAUAUUCAUCCCCAGAUCCGCCCGGCCAGGACUGACCUAUGAGCAGGUGCUGCGCGGCGACACCUCCUCCCAUGUGAUUGACAGCUUGGAGGAGGAUAAGAAGUACACCGUCAGUAUCUUUGCUAUCUACCCCCAGGGCCCCAGCCAACCUGUCUCGAUCGUCGGCAAAACACUGAAACUGGUUCCAGUGCAGCAGCUCCUGGUCCAAAACGCCACCACAGACACCGUCCAGGCCCGCUGGGGCUCAGUGAAGGGGGCCACGGGGUAUCGCCUCACCUGGUCCUCCUCAGAUGGCCAUAGAGAGAACGUGAACCUGGGGGAGACCUUUAACUUCUACAUGAUCCAGGGCCUCCACCCAGGCACUGAGUACACCAUCACCAUCAACCCCAUCUUUGUGGACAUCGAGGGCCCUGUCAUCUCCACCCCAGCCAAGACACUGGAGAGCAGUGCAGUCCAGACUCUGAAGGCAUCGGCAGUGAGCACCAACAGUGCCAUGGUCUCCUGGAACUCUGUCCCUGGGGCCACCGGCUACAGACUAGCCUGGGGGCCCACUCCAGAGUUUGUGGGUCGGGACCGUCCUAGGCAACUGGCUCUGAACGGCUCCACCACAGAGCACCUUCUGAAGAACGUGGUCCAUGACACAGAGUAUGUCCUGUCUCUUUACGUCCUGUUUGGAUCGCUGGUGGGUCCCGGCGUCUCAGCUACCUUCCGCACCUCCCCUUUGGGAUAUGUGUCUAACUUCCACGUGACUUCCUACACCAGUUCCUCCAUCGACGUGGAGUGGAGUCCCGUCGUGGGGUCCACCGAGUACAAACUCACCUGGAACAUCGAUGGCAACACUCCCCAGUCCCAGUAUUUGGACCGCAGCGUUCUGUUCCACCGCACUGAGGGCCUCAACCCAGAGACAGUCUACAUAGUCAGCAUCCACGCUGUCUACGGCAACACAGAGGGGCCAGAAAUCUCCCUCUCACAGCUCACAGCGUCGGUGACAGAGUCAGAGCUGAUCCAGGCGGUCAAGGAGGUGAAGGUGGUGGAUGUCGGAGUCAACUCCUUCAUACUGACCUGGAGGAGAACACCUGGGGUCACUGGCUACAAGAUCUCCUGGAGCCCCUUCCAUGGUGGCGAUGAGAAGUCCCAGCUAGUCUCUUCCUCCACGACCUCCUUUACGAUCCCUAAGUUACAGGAGAGCUCGGCCUAUAAGAUCCAGGUGGCAUCUAUGGUGGUGGGCCGAGAAGGGAGCCCGUUCCUGGUCACUGCACGCACCUUGGACCUGCCUAAAGUGAACGGCUUCGCAGCGCUGAACACCACAGACAGCAGUACUUCCCUCAACUGGAUCAGAGUUGCCGGGGCUUCUGGGUACCUGCUCUCCUGGAGGCACAUCUCAGAGUUGGACACCAAAAAGGAGAAGCUUGGCCCUUCUGCCACCAUGUUUAAGCUGAGUGAUCUGCUGUAUGGCAGGACCUACAUCUUCACCAUCAGACCUCUGUAUGGAGAGGUGGAGGGACCCAUCACCUCUAUCAACCACAGGAUAGUGGCCAAGGACCGUCCUCUGGUGCCUGUCCAGUCUUUACCAGCCACGCCUUCCCCUCUCCUCCCUCACACCCUCACCGCCUCCCACCCCAACGCAGCCAAAGCCACCAAAGCCCACACCCGCUCCACCGCCACCAAAGCCCCCUCCAAAACCACCGCCGGCACCGCCAAGAAACCCCCAAGCACCACCGUUGUCAAAACAGCUGCAGCCACCACCAGCGUCGGCCAUCUUACCACCAGUACCAGAAACGUAUUGGUUUUGGAUACAGAGACAACUGUUGGACCAGGGCCAGUGUGUGGCAGGGUGAAGGCAGACAUAGUGUUCCUGGUGGAUGAGUCAUGGAGCAUCGGAUCCAAUAACUUUGCCAAGCUCAAGGACUUCCUGUUCCGGGUUGUCACCUAUUUUCCUGUGAUUGGUCCUCAGGGCACACAGAUAGCAGUUGUGCACUACAGUGAUGAACCAAGGAUAGAGUUCAAACUGAAUGAUUACAAGAACAGGAACUCUGUCCUAAAGGCUCUGAGAGGAGUACACUAUGGAGGAGGCAACACCAAAACAGGGAAGGGGAUGAGCUACGUUCUGAAGGAGCUGUUCCAGGAGUCUCUGGGGAUGAGGCAGGAGGUGCCUCAUGUCUUGGUGUUGCUGACAGAUGGCCGGGCCGUGGACGAUGUGGAGCAACCCUCCAGGAUCGCACAGGCUUAUGGUGUGAGUGUGCUGGCCAUCGGGGUGGCCAAUGCAGACAUGGACGAGCUGAAGAAGAUAGCAUAUCCAGCCAGCUACCAGAACAUCUUCUACGCCAGGGACUUUGAUGACUUCUCCUCCAUAGAGAGAGAGUUCAUCAGCAACAUCUGCAGCGAGGCGCUGCUCUCUGAGUUCAGACAACACGACGAGUCUGCCCAGCUGGACACUCCAACUGAUGACCCUGAUGAGCUGACCAAACCCCAGGGCCCCUGCUCCUUACAGUGCAAGGGGCAGAAAGGUGAAAAGGGAGAUGGCUCUGGUAAUGGUGGACUGAGACUGCAGCAAAACACUGCGAUGUUUGAGUCAAUUGGCCUCAAGUCCAAAGGAGAGAAAGGAGAGAGAGGACUUCCUGGAACAGAUGGUGUCCCCGGGUUGCCAGGACGACCAGGACGAACUGGACCCCCAGGUUCAGCCGGACAACGGGGUUUAGAAGGUGUUCCAGGUGAUCUGGGGCCUCCUGGUAUCACUGGUCCAAAAGGCCAGAGAGGAGAGAGGGGGGAGCCUGGGUAUGUCAUAGGGGGCAUAGGAGACGGCCAUUAUGCUCCUGGACGAAAGGGAGAGCCUGGAUCAUCAGGACCCCAAGGGGCUCCGGGUGUACCAGGGGUCUCUGGACCCUCAGGCCUGCCUGGACAGUCAGGUUCACCUGGGUCCUCAGGGAUAUCUGUUAAGGGGGAACAUGGGGAGGCAGGUGCUAAAGGUUUGCGUGGGAAAGCAGGGGCCAAAGGAGACAAAGGAGAUCAUGGUAAAGAUGGCCAAGCAGGGUUACCUGGUCCCAUUGGAAUGGAUGGUGUUCCAGGCUUCCCAGGUCAAAUGGGAUAUAAGGGAGAGGAGGGGAUCGGGGUUCCCGGUGUCCAGGGGCCUCGUGGAGAGCCAGGGGAGAAGGGAAAUAUAGGCCUAUCAGGACCUGAGGGACUAAAGGGAGAGGCUGGUGUUCAAGGGAUACAAGGGGUUGUCGGACCACGGGGGAAGAAGGGAGUGAAAGGCAUCCAAGGGGAUAAGGGCGAUCGAGGAGAGGUGGGGCCUAUGGGGACACAGGGAGUGACAGGCUUUGCGGGGGCUCUUGGCCAAAAGGGUGAUGAGGGACAGAGAGGAGUUCCUGGUGACCCAGCCAAAGGGAUCCUAGGUCCCACAGGAAAGAAGGGUACCAGGGGUGACAUUGGUCCCAUCGGUCCGACUGGACCCCAGGGAGUAAAAGGGGUCCAAGGAGUCAAAGGAGAGAAGGGUAGUCCUGGGUUCGGCAUUCCUGGACAGCAGGGACCAAAGGGAGAAAACGGUGAAAGGGGAAAUGUUGGCUUGUCUGGGAAACCUGGACCCAAGGGGCACGAUGGCUCUAAAGGGGCAGGGGGAACUGUUGGGGUCCCCGGGAAUCCCGGAGCACCAGGACUAAGAGGUAAAGAUGGUGUGCCUGGAAUCAAAGGAGAAUCAGGACUACGGGGAGAGCAGGGACCAGCAGGUGAGCCUGGUGAGAGAGGAACAAGGGGCCCACUGGGGUUACCGGGACGACCAGGGGACCCAGCAGAGAAAGGAGAUACCGGGAACAUUGGUUUGCCUGGAACGGAGGGAAAGAAAGGAGAGCCUGGAAAACCAGGACCUCCGGGAGGCGCGCAAUUCAGUUCAGACAACAAUAUCCUGACUAGGGUGAUCAAGGGUGAACCAGGACAUCCCGGAGAGCCCGGUCUCAGAGGGGAGACAGGUCUGCCUGGACAAAGGGGUCCUGAUGGAAAACCAGGAUCUCCAGGAACGGGAGGGUCUGUGUCAGGGAGAGAUGGUCUGGAUGGGUUACCAGGAAAACCUGGAUCCAAGGGUGACCCAGGAAAGUCAGGCGAGGCAGGAACGAGGGGAGAGAAAGGAGACCAAGGCAGGGUGGGGAUUGCUGGAAUGCCUGGUUUACCUGGGACCCCAGGUAGACCUGGCAUUGAUGGAAAGAGAGGUCUGGCUGGAAAAGAUGGAGAGCAAGGACAAAGAGGAGAUGAUGGCAAAAAGGGUGAUACAGGUGAAUCUGGAACUGAGGGUAAAAAAGGGGAAUUAGGUGCUCCGGGCCCACCUGGUACCCAUGUUCUGGUUACUCAACAAGAGGGUGCCACCCUUGAAGAGAUGAGACAGGCAUUCCCUUUGCCAAUGGGACCUCCUGGGGCUAAAGGUCCACCAGGGAUGAAGGGUGACGCUGGUCUUCCAGGGAAAGCAGCUGACAUGAAGAACAUUGAAGUAAUGUUUGAAGACUAUGGCAUAAGGCUGCCCUUGCUGAAGGCACUGAUUGACAGGCUGCUGCAGGACGGCAUGGAGGAGCUUCUGCAGGAGCUAACCACCUCUAGGAGAGUCAAUGAGAAGGAGAAACACGGCUCCAACAUUAUUACUGACUACACAAGAACUGUAAAGUAUGAGAUCUCCAAGGAGCCUCUGACAGAGAUGGACACCAUAGAGGAGGCAGUUGACUCUGACCUAGACAGACAGCUACCAGAACCUAACUCUGAUGCUUUGAAUGAAACGGUGGAGGGCCCCACAUUCUGGAGCCUCACCCCUCUUAAUGGUCUGAAUGGGGUCCAAGACGUGGGGAGGAUAGAGGGAACACUGACAGUGGACGAGGACUUCAGUGAAGCUCCCUCGCCCAAGUUGCCUUUAUCAAACUCAACAUUUAACAACACAACGUCUGAAGAGAGGGUCUCUGAGGUACCAGGGGCAAUAGUAGAAAGUGUUCUCCUCAGUGGGGAAGACUCCUUGAAGAAAAAGAAGAGUCGAGAACGGAAGGGCAAGGGACAGAAAGGACGACAUAAGAGGCAAAGACAACGCCUGACGAGUACAGAGGAGGAAGAGGAAGCGGAGGAGGAGGAAUUAUACGAUGGGGAUGAGUACAGUUAUGAAUAUGAGGAUUCCACAGAUGAUCCCUUACUGUCAAUGGAAAAGCAAGGGGAGUUUGAAAUCACAACAGAAAGCACACUACAUGGAAUGAGCAAAGAGCAGGGGGAAUUCAUCACACCUAUCCUUCCGAGCACAACGGAAGAAACAGAGAAGGAUUCCACAGAUGAUCCCUUACUGUCAAUGGAAAAGCAAGGGGAGUUUGAAAUCACAACAGAAAGCACACUACAUGGAAUGAGCAAAGAGCAGGGGGAAUUUAUCACACCUAUCCUUUCCAGCACAACGGAAGAAACAGAGAAGGAUUCCACAGAUGAUCCCUUACUGUCAAUGGAAAAGCAAGGGGAGUUUGAAAUCACAACAGAAAGCACACUACAUGGAAUGAGCAAAGAGAGUGGCAUGACAACUUUAGGUCCAUAUCCAUCCCAGUCACCAGGUGACAGUGAAAAGCAGGGGGAAUUUAUCACACCUAUCCUUUCCAGCACAACGGAAGAAACAGAGAAGGAUUCCACAGAUGAUCCCUUACUGUCAAUGGAAAAGCAAGGGGAGUUUGAAAUCACAACAGAAAGCACACUACAUGGAAUGAGCAAAGAGAGUGGCAUGACAACUUUAGGUCCAUAUCCAUCCCAGUCACCGGGAGACAGUGAAAAGCAGGGGGAAUUUAUCACACCUAUCCUUCCCAGCACAACGGAAGAAACAGAGAAGGCGGGACCAUCUCAUGUCCGGGUCAGAGUAAGGAAGAGCGCCCCCUGGCCAGAUUACAUGGCAAACAUGCCAGGAACUGCCGGAGGACGAAAUCGAUACCAUGACAGACAAAAAUCACAGUCGGGAGCAAGAGGUCCCAAGAAACUACAUAGACAGAAACAAGAAAACAGAGACCCUCAGCCUGACCCUGAAUCCUAUACAGAGACAGAGGUCGACUAUGAAACAGAAAGAGACUGGGAGACACCAGAGAUGGAGGGAGAGAGAGAAGAACCCAUAGCAGCAGAGGAAGAGACGCCAUGGGAAAGACAGAGAGAGAUGGAGAUGGUAGAAAAGAAAGGAAAAGAGACGGAAGGAGAGAUAUACCAUGAUGCAGAAAGAGAGGGAGAGGAGGAGAGAAGUGGCGACUCUGAGUGGGACACGGAGGAAGACAGUGAAUACGAGAGGGAGAGAGAGAGGGAAAGGAUGGAGAUGGAGAGAGAGAGGAUGGAGCUUGAAAAAGAGAGGCAAGCAGAGCUGGAGUUGCAGAGGGAGAAAAUAGAGAGGGAGAGACAACUAGAGAGGGAGAACAUGGAAAAGGAGAGAGACCUGCAAAUGGAGAGGGAGAGUGAACUAGAGAGCGAGAGAACAGAGAUGGAGGGAGGCAGAGACCUGGACAGGGAGAGAGAGGAGUGGGAGAGACGGAGGCAGGAGAUGGAAAGAGAGAGAGGAAGACAAGGAGAGUACGAGGAGGAAGGAGGAGUAAGACCCUAUCCAGGGCCAGAAUAUGACUAUUUGAAGGGCGCUCCGGGUGAAAAUGGACUUCCGGGACCGAAGGGGGAACUUGGUGAAAAGGGACACAAGGGUGAGCCAGGUAUUGGCCACAGAGGUCCUGUGGGACAGGCUGGUCCACCUGGAACUAAGGGUGAGCCUGGUGAACUGGGGCCUUCUGGUGCUCAGGGUAUCCAGGGUAUCCGUGGUAACCCCGGUAUUUCAGGUUCUCAGGGCUUGAGGGGCCAACCAGGAGACCCAGGAGAGGUGGGGAGAGAGGGAGACAGGGGUAGAAGGGGUAAGAAUGGAUCACCCGGGACUCCAGGAGCUAAAGGGACACCAGGAAUAGGGGGUCCACCUGGUCUACCUGGGACGAAAGGAGAAAAGGGCGACAGUAUCCCGGGGGAACCAGGGGCCAGGGGUGUGGUCGGGAUCACAGGUCGCAGGGGUGAAAAAGGCAUUGCAGGAGUCUUAGGAGCCCCAGGACACACUGGUCCAAAGGGCUUCCCGGGCAGCAAAGGAGCAAAGGGCGACAGAGGUUUAGCAGGAAUACAAGGAGAAAGGGGAAGCCCCCUCCAAAUCCAGGGACCGAGAGGCUACAAGGGCUUAAAAGGAGAAGGGGGAGAGCGAGGCUCCCCAGGUUUCGAUGGAGAUAAAGGAGAGAAGGGCGAGGAUGGGCCCCCGGGGUUCAAGGGCCUCAAAGGAGAGGCAGGGGCCAAAGGAGCCAUGGGGCUGUUUGGGGUCCGUGGACCAGUGGGCCAAAAGGGAGAUACUGGUGAGCCUGGAGUCAAUGGAGAAGUGGGUCGUAACGGGGACGAUGGAUUGGACGGAGCCACAGGAGCCAAAGGAGACAUGGGACUCCAGGGACAGAAGGGAGAUCAGGGUGACAGAGGUGAACCUGGCUUACCAGGGGAUACUGGGCAGACAGGAGUGAAGGGAUUCCGAGGCCUACCUGGACGCAUAGGAAGCACUGGGCUAGAUGGAGAAAAGGGAGAGAUGGGUAUUCCUGGAACCCCAGGACAUCCAGGGCUCAAUGGACUCACAGGACGGAAGGGUGAAAAAGGGGACGGGGGUAUCAAUGGAGUAGAGGGAGCACCAGGACUAAAAGGAGAGAAGGGUGCCACUGGUUUCCCAGGGUUCCCUGGGUUUAAGGGGUCAGCAGGGACACCAGGCAGUGAUGGAGCGGAGGGGCGACCAGGACGUAAUGGGUCCAAGGGAGAGACAGGAACCAAGGGAGAGAGGGGCAGGAGAGGCAGAGGGAAGCCUUGUCAGACAGGACCACCUGGAAGUCCGGGACAAAGAGGAGGCAGUGGAGAGCUCGGAAACGAGGGACUAAAGGGAGAGAAAGGGGAACCCGGACUCUCUGCCGAGGAGGUGAAGGAUCUGGUGAACCAAGAGGUUGUGAACCAGUGCGGAAUGGACUUGAAGUUUGUGGUGAAGUCCAAGGACCCGGAUGCUGAGAGCAUGUUGUUUGAGAGGGAACCAGACGAGCCUGUAUCCAUCUUCACUCGCAGCCUACCUGAGGGUGAGAUGGGAGAGGAGGAAGAGGACAAGAAAAGACUUGUAAAGGAGCUGGUAGGAUCAACCACUCCUCCCCCCGUCCCCUUGCAAGAGGAGGGGACCCCAGGUGAUGACAACCUUACCGACUCUGGAGCCAACAGGGGAGCGGAUUGGGGACUGAGGCACAGGAGAAGAAGGGUUCCAGGAGUCGGGCCACGCUCAUCAGACUUGACCCCUGACCCCUGCCUGCUGCCCAUGUCAGAGGGGGGAUGUUGGGAGCAUGUCCUGCUGUGGUACUACCACCCCCACUCCGGGGAGUGCCGGCCGUUUGUCUACGGGGGUUGUGAGGGCAACCACAACCGCUUCAACACCAAACAAGAAUGUCAGAGGUGGUGUGGGAAAGAGAGGAGAGGUCUUGAGCCUAGAAGGUGAGAGGGAGCUGCCAAUCAAGACAAUUAUUUUUUUUGUAAAUGCCACAGUGUAAAAUGUUCGAAUUUUUGUGCAGAUCUGGAUUUUUUAAAUAUUUAAAGUAAACUAAUGAUUUUCCACACUUGAGAGAAAUGCCCAUAUAGAGCAGAGCUGCAUGGGUUUCAUAUAUUUGCAAAAUCAUUCGAAAUGCUUUAUCUGUGCCUGUUUGAGCUUGCCUGGCUUAAUUACCCAAUAGAAAAGUCCCAAAACUGCAAAACUCUGUCCAUCUGGGACUCCAGGCAGUCUUUUAAGCUAACGCUCAAAUUAUUUUAAAAGUAUUUGAACCCAGGUCUAAUACAGCUAUUGUAUUUUCUAUGGACUAUGCCAAUUACAGUUGACUCACCAUGUGAAUGUUAUGAAUGUGUUCUUUCAUGUUUUAAUCAAAAGGUAGCCUGCACAUUCUAUAUUACUAUAGUAUAGUAUAGCACAUUCUAUAGUACUAAAGUAUAGCACAUUAUACAGUACUAUAGUAUAGUACAUGCUAUAGUACUAUAGUAUAGUACAUUCUAUAGUACUAUAGUAUAGCCCAUUCUAGAGUACUAUAGCAUAGCACAUUCUAUAGUACUAUAGUAUAGCACAUCUUAUAGUACUAUAGUAAAGCACAUUCUAUAGUACUAUAGUAUGGCACAUUCUAUAGUGCUAUAGUAUAUCACAUUCUAUAGUACUAUUGUAUAGCACAUUCUGUAUAGUAUAGCACAUUCUAUAGUACUAUAGUAUAUCACAUUCUAUAGUACUAUAGUAUAGCACAUUCUGUAUAGUAUAACACAUUCUAUAGUACUAUAGUAUAUCACAUUCUAUAGUACUAUAGUAUGGCACAUUCUAUAGUACUAUAGUAUAGCACAUCUUAUAGUACUAUAGUAAAGCACAUUCUAUAGUACUAUAGUAUGGCACAUUCUAUAGUGCUAUAGUAUAUCACAUUCUAUAGUACUAUUGUAUAGCACAUUCUGUAUAGUAUAGCACAUUCUAUAGUACUAUAGUAUAUCACAUUCUAUAGUACUAUAGUAUAGCACAUUCUGUAUAGUAUAACACAUUCUAUAGUACUAUAGUAUAUCACAUUCUAUAGUACUAUAGUAUAGCACAUGCUAUAGUACUAUAGUAUAACACAUUCUAUAGUACUAUAGUAUAUCACAUUCUAUAGUACUAUAGUAUAGCACAUUCUGUAUAGUAUAACACAUUCUAUAGUACUAUAGUAUAGCACAUUCUAUAGUACCAUAGUAUAGCACGUUCUAUAGUACUGUAGUAUAGUAUAGCACGUUCUAUAGUACUAUAGUAUAACACAUUCUAUAGUACUACUUCUAAGUGCAUCAUUUUGUUCUAGUUGUUUUUAACACUUUAACCCUGAUACUACUGAAAUAAUUUUUAACACUUAAACCCUGAUACUACUGAAAUAGUUUAAACCCUGGUACUACUGAUAGUUUAAACCCUAAUACUACUAAAAUAAUUUUUAACACUUAAACCCUGAUACUACUGAAAUAAUGUUUAACACUUAAACCCUGAUACUACUGAAAUAAUUUUUAACACUUAAACCCUGAUACUACUGAAAGAGUUUUUAACACUUAAACCCUGAUUCUACUGAAAUAUGUUUAUUGUAUUGGUACAUGAAUCUACACCAAUGGCACUGUUAAUGUGAAUUGAUAAUGAGUAUUUACUGUUUUAAUGUGUGUCAUUAAAUCACAACAAUGAGUCUA